UCUUAUCAAUCCGUCCGUUUAACGUCGCUGUCGGCUGUCGUUAGCCACAUUAGCUCCUGUUGUAACUGGAGCUGUCUAACCUUUACUGACUGAGGAAGAGGUCGGCUAAGAUAAUGUUCACUGCCUUGGUGUGCGGAGCUGUGGUGUUCCCGGGUCUUUUCUACAGCUUCAGGAGAGUACUGAAACACACUUUCACUCAGUGGACUGAUGCCGACGUGCUUUGUGUCAGUGAGAGGCUGGUGUCUGCCAUCCAUGGAUCUCUGGCUACAGCAGCUGGAGUCACAGUUGUGACAUCCUGCAGGGACACCAUGAAUGACACUCACUGGCUGGUCAAUGGGUUUAUUAUGUUCGGAGCUCCCUACAUGGCCUACGACAUCUACGCCAUGUAUCUGAGCCACUUCCACACUCAGAGGGUCAGAGGGGAUUCCAGGUCAUACAGCAGCCACUCUCUUCAGACAGUGAAGGCUUUCCUCGUGAAGGACAGGAUGUUGGUCUUCCAUCACCUGGUCCUGCUUCUCAUCUUCAUGCCCAUUGCUCUUUUUUUCAGGAGAGGACUGGGGGAUUUCUUCAUCGGCUGCAUGUUCACAACAGAGUUCAGCACUCCUUUCGUCUCUAUAGGAAAGAUUCUCAUCCAGCUGGGCCUCGAUGACACCAGGCUGCACAGAAUCAACGGCAUCAUUGUGAUCUUGAGCUUCUUUGUGUGCCGGAUUCUCAUCUUCCCCUUCAUGUACUGGAUGUACGGUCGGCAGUUUGGGAUUCCCCUGCACAGAGUGGCCUUCCAUCUGCCUCUGCAGUGCAAUGUGGGGAAUCUGGUGAUCCUGGCUCCACAGAUAUACUGGUUUAUCCUGCUGCUGAGGAAAGCUAACAGACUCUACCUGCGACAGAAGAGAGGGAAGGGGGAGGGAAACAAAGACAGGCCGAGGACGGACUGAAGAGUCCACCUGGUUUUACAGUGAAGCUAUAGAUACGACAGUAUUAGGGCCACUGUUAGGAAAAAAUACCAAAGAUUUUCAGAAUAAGUUAUAAUAAUGAGAAAUAAUUCAUAAUAUUUUGAGAAUUAAGUUGUAUUUUUUUUUAAUAUAGUGGUCAUUUCAAAUUGUUUAAAAAUGUCUUAAUUACAAGAAAGAAAUUACAAUUUCAGAAAUUCUAUAUUUUUCACUUUCAUGUUUUUCUGAUAAAUAUAUUUUUAAUAUUUUUUAUUAUUGUACAUUCUCAACUUUAUUGUUGAAAUCCUUUUUUUGUAUAAACUUUGUUCUCAA